AUGGAUCAUCUUAGUCCACAAUCCACAGGAGGCGAUGGGAGCAUACGGCUACAGAUUGAUGACUCCGGUGGAAGCGACACCAUAUUUGAUCCUUCAAGAGAUGGUGAUCCAUUGGGAAACAGAGAAAGCAGCAAUGUAGACCCUGGUUCUCCAUCAAAACCAAAUGUCAAUGCACCAGAGAAGGAGAUAACUCUAUUCUCUCUUCAACUUGCACUUCUCGAGAAAUUAGCCACUGCGUUAGGAGCUAUGGGAUUCAUCUGGGCAACCGUUAUUCUUCUUGGUGGUUAUGCCAUUACACUAUCCAAAAUUAAUUUCUGGUUCAUCACCGUCAUACUCUUAAUUGAAGCCGCCAGAAUCUUCAGCCGCAGUCAUGAGCUUGAAUGGCAACACCAGUCUACAUGGACGAUUGCAGAUGCCAGCCUUCAUAGUUUCGAAUCACUGAAAUCAAGCUCCAAUUUGAUUGUUCGAAUCAUAAGAGGAAUUAGCGGGUCAAUUUCUGAUCCUGAAAGCGAAAGCAGAAAACCCAACGAGGCAAGACCUAGAAAACAGUUAAGUGGUGGCCGAGAACUCAAAGAGAAGAUCAAAGAGGACAGAAUCAGCAAUCCGUCAAGACGUACAUGGAAAUCAUCAGAGGUUCCCCUGUUUCCAUUAAUAGGUUGGAUUUUUCUAUCUAAGAACAUCAGUAAGUUAUUCUAUUGGCUUCAGUUUUUAUCUGCCUUAGCAUGUAUGGCGCUUUCAGUGAUGGGGUUCGAUAAGUUGAGUUAUAGUAACGCAAUUCCAACAAGCGACAAAGCUACGAACGAGAGAGCUGCUCUGGAUAUCUUUUAUGGUUUGGCCUUGGCCGAAGCUUUCUUGUCUCUGUUAGGGAAAGCCUAUUGGGAAUGGACGAUAACACAUCGGAAACUGCUGGAAAAGGUGGACAAGGAGUGCGAUAUUGGAAUGAUUUCUCUCAAAAGGUUCUUCUAUGAUGCCUAUGCGGAAUGUAUUAAUAAAAGCAUCUUUGAUGGCUUAAAGCUGGAUUUAGUUUCUUUUGGUAUGGAGCUUUUGGCCUCCCAAUCCAGGGAGGAGCAGCUAAUUGGGGCUGGAAUUCUUCAGAAGUUCUCGAAUAAUCCCCAAUUCUCUGGUGAUACACUGCAGAAGAUUGGCACAUCUACAUCGGUUAUUGAAAGAUUGAUAGAGAUGUUGAACUGGAAGAACCCACAAGAAGCAGAGAUCAGGCGAGCAGCUGCACAGAUUUUGUCCAUACUAGCUGGAAAAAGGCAAAACUCUCUUCGAGUUGCAGGGAUUUCUGGUGCAAUGGAAUCUAUAUCAUCUUUGAUUUACGCUCAACGUAGCUCCAACGGUGUAUUUGAUGAAAUUGGGGAGAAAGUGUUGGUUUUUGAUCAAGAAAAUUAUGAGUUUUCUACCUUUAGCCAAUUGGGUCUCACCAUUCUCAAGAAACUUGCAGGCGACCACGAUAAUUGUGAGAAGAUCGGUAACACAAGAGGCCUUCUGCUCAAAAUUGUUGACUUCACACAUACUGUAGAGGAGGUGCUCAAGAACAGCACUGACACAGAUUAUAGGAUAUUGGCAGUGAAACGAUCCCUGCAAGUGUUGAAGUUGCUCACAAGAACAUCUGGUACUGUGGGCAAGCGUCUAAGGCAAGAGAUUGUGGAGAUUGUUUUCACAGUAAGCAACAUCAGAAAAAUUCUCAGGUUUGGUGAGAAGUUCCCAAAACUUCAACAUUUGGGAAUCAAGAUCUUAACUAGUUUGGCCUUCGACAUUGAGGCAAGAGAGAGGAUUGGGAGCACAGGCGGAAUCAUUAAAGAAUUGUUCCGCCUUUUCUUCGAAGGGCCAAAUUCCGAAGAACAUAAUCAUGUGAGGGAUGCAGCAGGGGAGGCAAUUGCAAUGCUUGCACUGGAGAGUGAUAAGAACUGCUUUAGGAUAUUGAAUCAGAAGGUACUAACAAAUCUCGUGAGGGCACUCGAAGUUGAAGAGCUUCGCAUCAAUUCAGCCAGAAUUUUAAGGCAUUUGUGUAAAUUCGCUGGCGAAGAUUGUUUUGAACAAUUAAGGGAAGUCUCUGCUGCUGCACCCACAGUGUUGAAGGCGAUAAUGUCAGAAGAGAACAAACCACAAGAAGUAAUGCUCGGGCUCGCGACACAGGUGUUCGGAAUCAUGACUCCUGAAGAAGCAAGUUUCACGUUUGAUCAGACUGGAAUUGACGAGACCAAAUUAUCAAAGAAACUCUUAGAUAUUUUGAAAAUGUUCCAAUACCCAUCGUCCAAGGUUCCUAGAAUGAGGAGAUUUGCGAUUGAGCUAGCAAUUUUAAUGAUGAGAAACAACAGAGCAACGAUUGGAACUUUCAGAGGUCUUAGAAUGGAGGAGGAGCUUGAGAUUCUAAGAGAGACCACAUCAGAGAUCGAAAGCUUUAACAUUUUCUCUGGAACCAUUGGACUUAGUCGGCACAACAUACCAAUUCACUCACUUGUUGACCACGCACUUGACUUGCUGGCAACAGAUGGAUGAAAUGUUGAAUUAUGUUGCUCACUUUGCAAAUCCAACAAUUCGUUUCCAUAAAUAAGUUGUAUAUAUGUUUCAAUUUGUUUUUGUACAUUCGUUUCAAUCUGCUUC